AUGUGGCCAUCAGUACCUGCCUUCAGAAGCUUUGCAAACGUAACAUGUCCUGCGGGAACCAAAUGCGAGCUCCCUUACUGCAUCUUCACCCAUGAUGCUGUAACGCCGCACAUCAAACCGACAAACUCAGCGUCCAGCAACACAUCAGGGAGCGAGCCAGCUGCGAAACGCCAGAAGCUCGACAACAACACACAAGAGAAGGCCUCAAGCAUACAACCGCACCUACCAACCGCGCCAAGGCCUGUCUUUACUGGGUUGACCGCAGGUAAGAACAAAGCAGCUGCAGCAAACAAGAGACAAAGUAAUGCCACGACCGCAUCACCAGAGCCGACAGGCAGUGGGAAGGAUGCCCAUGUCCUACCACAAUCCGCAACCCGGCCAGUGUCACCCCCUCCAAAAGCAUCUGCGACGAAGGUCGUCCCUGCGCCGACAGGUCCAGUACCGCUGAUGCCACGCAAAGUCCUGAAAGAACCUGCCAUCUUUACCAAACGAUUAACACUUUUGAAAGCGCUGCAUGGUUUUAUGAAGCCACUGAACGACAAGAUCGCAAAGGCUUCAAAGCCCGAGAUUAAGGCUUUACACAUGGAUCCGAAUCAGCUCAAUAAGCUAGCGGUUGAUGAGGAAGAACGGAUUGCCAAAGCCAACCCCGCUGUCUACGAGAACGUCCUAAAACUUCGACUUGUCAAGCUCAAGAAAAUGACGCCAGAAGAAUGGGUGAAAGAGAGGUUCGAGGCAUUGGCGAAGGAGCGAGGGUUGCCUCCUAAGAAACCUCCGCCCAAAAAAGUCGACACCGGCCUCACCUCCGAAGAGGAAGUCAUCUUUCUUUCGACUCUCACUUGUCCCCAGGACGGCUUGGACGCACACGGCUAUGUCACGAAGCUGCCAACGACGGAACAGCUGAGCGAAGCCAGAUCUGCGCAAGCUGCGGCUGACUUCUGGGAGGUGUGCGAUCGAUGCAAUACCCGUUUCCAGGUUUUUCCGGAGCGUAGGGAAGAAGACGGCGCUCUCACUACUGGUGGCCAAUGCACGCAUCACUGGGGCAAACGUGUGUUCCCCCAAAGGGCGAAGAACAUUGUCCCUGAGCCGACGACGUUCUCCUGCUGUAACGAGCCCGUCGGCUCACCAGGAUGCACCACGUACGAUACCCAUGUCUAUAAAAUUUCAGACCCAAAGCGACUCUCGCUGGUCAUGCCGUUUGUCCAGACACCGGUAAAUGACAAGGCACCAUCGGGUAUUGCGGUAUGCUUUGACUGCGAGAUGGGAUACACCACUCACGGUCUUGAGCUCAUGCGACUCACAGCCAUUGCGUGGCCGUCACACAAGCCACUGGUCGACGUUCUGGUCCGUCCAAUUGGGCAUCUCCUCGACGUGAACACACGCUUCUCCGGUAUUACGACAGAGCAGUUUCUGAACGCAAAGCCAUACGAUCCCACAAAUCCUACGCCCCGCCGAAAUGACAUUCGUAUUGUGGAGUCACCAUAUGCAGCACGAGAUCUAUUCCUGGCUCACGUCACAACCACGACCCCUAUCCUUGGCCACGCCCUCGAAAACGAUCUAAACACACUCAGGAUUAUCCAUCCAAACAUCAUCGACACUGUACUGCUCUUCCCACAUCGACGAGGCCUGCCUCUACGCCACGGCCUCCGCUUUCUAGCAAAGGACAAACUCGAUCUCGAUAUACAACAAGGCGGAGCUGCAGGUCACGACAGUUUCGAGGACGCAAAGACGACCGGUGAGUUGGUCCGGUUCAAGGUGGCAGAAAAAUGGAAACAACUGAAGCAUGACGGCUGGGAGAUACGUAAGGACGGAGUGUUCCCGCCUAUGCCGCCCGGGACGCCGCCUCCACAGGCGCCUCCCGCUCUGUCCAUGAUGCCGCCAGCACGAAUGGCAACGGUUGAGGGAAGCAUAGCGGAGAAACGGAAGCUCGAGCAAGUUGAGUGCAGCACGUUUGCUAGUGAUGAGCCACCUACAAAAAAGCAAGCCUAG